AGAAUCUCUCACUCUAUACUUUCUCUCUCCAUUUUCUCUCUCUAUCCGCUUCCUUUCCCCAAAUUGUCUAACAGCUCAUUCUCUCUGCAAAUCUCGUAAAAAAGAGAGAGAGAGAGAGAGGGCGCCCAAAAACCUUUGCGGUUUCGAAACUCAGAUUUCAAAUGAAACGCCAAAUCUUCUGCUGUUUGCCCAACUGAGAUUUCUACUGGAGUUAGGGUUUUUCAAUUUUUCCUAAUAUAUAAAAUACAUACAUUUCUGGUGCUUUCUCAAGCGUUGAUUUCUCGAUCUGUCAAUGGACUCGCGAGAUACAUCGCUAUCAUCCGCUGCCACCAGGGACGGCGCUUCUCCGGACGACGAUGCCGGCCUCUCCGUUGCCGCCUCUCUAGCCAAGGACGCUGCGCUGCUCUUUCAGUCUCGGAAGUUCUCUGAGUGCCUCGAUGUCUUGAAUCAGCUCCUGCAGAAGAAAGAGGACGAUCCCAAGGUUCUUCAUAAUAUUGCUAUUGCGGAAUACUUUCGGGAUGGUUGUUCAGAUCCCAAGAAGUUGCUUGAAGUCUUGAAUAAUGUGAAGAAGAGAAGCGAAGAACUUGCUCAUGCAUCUGGAGAAAAUGCGGAGGCUGCUACCAAUCUUGGUAAUAAAGUUGGAUCUAAAGGAACUAAUACCAUGGCACUUCAAUUCUCUGCUGCAAGUAGUGGCAGUAUGGUUUACACUGAUGAAUUUGACACUUCCGUGGCAACUCUUAACCUGGCAAUUGUCUGGUUCCAUCUUCAUGAAUAUGGAAAGGCACUGUCAGUUUUGGAAUCACUAUAUCAAAAUAUUGAACCCAUAGAUGAGACAACAGCUCUUCAUAUUUGCCUUUUGUUGCUGGAUGUUGCGUUAGCAUCUCAUGAUGUAUCAAGAUGUGCGGAGAUAAUUAAUUAUCUGGAAAAGGCUUUUUGUGUUGGUUAUACUGCUAGUCAAGGUGAUAAUGUAAGCACAGCGCAGCAACAAUCUUCAAAUCUAGUAGUAAAAUCCUCUUCUAUCCCUAGCAAUUCAACGGUCCCAGAUGCUUCUAAUUCUGAUUCAGUGGCCAGUCUAAACUCCUCAGAAAAUCCUUUAUCAAGAACUUUAUCAGAGGAGACACUCGAUUAUGAAACCAUGUUUUCAGCUCUGGACAUUGGUGGACAGAACCUAACCAGACCGGCUGGUCUUCCAUCUUUAAAUGAUCUUUCUAGGGCCCCUGCAGAUCGAUCUAUUCCUACCGUGGACCUGAAGCUCAAGUUGCAGCUUUAUAAGGUUCGAAUUCUGCUCCUCACUAGGAACUUGAAGGCUGCCAAGCGUGAAGUUAAGCAGGCUAUGAACAUUGCACGUGGGAGAGAUUCCUCCAUGGCUCUCCUCUUGAAAUCUGAGCUUGAAUAUGCUCGUGGUAACCACCGUAAAGCAAUCAAACUCUUGAUGGCUUCAAGUAAUCAGUCAGAAAUGGGGAUUUCUAGCAUUUUUAACAACAAUCUUGGGUGCAUCCAUUAUCAACUUGGAAAACACCAUACAUCAACUAUAUUUUUUUCCAAGGCACUGAGUGGUAGUUCUUCUCUUAAGAAGGAAAAGACUCCAAAACUCUCAUCCUUCUCGCAGGAUAAAUCUCUUCUCAUUAUAUAUAACUGUGGAGUGCAGUACUUGGCCUGUGGGAAACCAAUACUUGCUGCUCGCUGCUUCCAGAAGGCUAGUUUGGUUUUCUAUAAUUCGCCUCUAUUGUGGCUUCGAAUUGCUGAAUGCUGUCUGAUGGCACUAGAGAAGGGAGUCCUUGAAUCCAGUGGGUCUCCAUCUGAUAGAUCGGAAGUUAGAAUUCAUGUUAUUGGCAAGGGAAAAUGGAGACAACUUGUAUUAGAAAAUGGAAUUUCAAGGAAUGGGCAUGCAAAUUCUGUUGAAAAGGGUGAUUGGUUAUUGGGUGAUGAUAGGCAGCCUAAACUCUCGAUGUCCCUCGCCCGACAGUGUCUCUUAAAUGCCUUGCACUUAUUGGACUGUUCUGCUUCAAAGUUUGCAAAAUUUGGGUUGUCUUCAGAGUCAACACUACAGGAAAAUGAAUCAAGUGAGGUUGUAUCUGCCAAGAACUCAAACCACAAGAACUUAGCUGGCAGUGAUUCCAAGGCAUCCAAUAUAACAGUGGGCUUAGGUCAGGUUAAUGCAAAUGGGGAUGCAAAAGAACAGAAGGGAGGGCCUAGUCUUACCAUCUUACAAAGCUCCAUCGCAGUAUAUGAAGAUAUUUGUAGAAGAGAGAAUCAGAUGAUCAAGCAAGCCACUCUUGCUAAUUUGGCAUAUGUAGAGUUGGAACUGCAAAAUCCCUUGAAGGCCCUGUCAACUGCCUGGUCUCUUUUGAAACUUCCUGAUUGUUCCAGAAUAUUCACAUUUUUGGGUCAUGUGUAUGCAGCCGAGGCUCUCUGCUUGCUAAAUCGGCCAAAGGAAGCUUCUGAUCAUUUGUCAACCUAUUUGUCUGGAGGAAACAAUGUUGAAUUGCCCUACAGUGAAGAAGACCGUGAACAAUGGCGAGCUGAGAAAACAAUGGAUUGUGAGGAAGUAAAUGGGGGUUCAUUGACUGGAAAGAACCCUUCUCUUGAGGACUUACAAGGGAUUACGUUCCUUAAGCCAGAAGAAGCUCGUGGGACCCUUUAUGCUAAUCUUGCCACCAUGUCUGCAAUGCAAGGAGAAUUGGAGCAAGCUCGCCAGUUUGUGAAGCAAGCAUUAUCCAUAAUACCCAAUAGUUCUGAAGUCAUUCUUACUGCAGUUUACGUGGAUCUUGUGCACGGGAAGACACAAGAAGCUCUUGCCAAGUUGAAACAGUGUAGUCACGUUAGGUUCCUUGCCAGCAGCUCACAAUUGACAUGUUCUUCUUGAUGGUUGUAUCAAUGGCUUUUGGGUUGGUUGUGCCCUACCCCACCAACAAGUUCAAGUUGCCGGGCAGAUUCAGCAAUCCUUUUUAAGAGGAUUUGUAACAUAUAUAUAGUUCAAUUCAGAGAAUAAAUUUUUUCUUUUCUUUUCUUUUCUUUUUCUUUUUCUUUUUUUUUGUUCCUGUUUUUUCCUCUUUUAAUAUCCAAAAAUGUAGGGUUCGAUAAUCGGCGGUGUGGCUGAGAUUAUUUUGGUUAGUUAAGUGCAGGUGGCCCACCUUUCAGAUUUGAGGUGUAGUUCUGAUUCAGAUUAUUGUGUUUUAGUGGCUAAUCCAGUUGGUAUUCAAGAAUUAGAGAGAUCAUGAGCUCGUCUCAAAAAAGUGAUUGUUCCGGACAUUCUGUAUGCGAAUGCAAAGUCAUUUUUCAGUUGAA